AUGGAGGAGGGAAGUAUGCAGCUACAGCCAGGGCGAAGCGUCGGCUUCAUGACUCUCGGCUGCUCCCUCCACGAAGUAUUGACAACCAUCAAGGCAGAAGUCAAGGCUUUCCCGCGGUUCCAUCUCUACCACGAUGACCAACACCCGAUCUCGUCUCCAAUACAGCUGGUGCUGCCCGAUAACGGCCUGCGGUUACAAUUCGAUGGCCCAGACCAGCGGUUACGGCUGAUAGAAGUGCUGGAUUUUGCAAAGGCCAGACUGGUGUACAAGGAUAUCGAGGUCCACAAGCCUGCAGAAGGUCAGAAUCUGCUGGCGGCAGGAUCAUCGGGGCCACGCUUUAGACACGUCUAUGACAAGCUACUUGGACCGACAUAUGGUGGAGAGUACAUCCCACCCAAGUCAAAGGACCCGAAUGCGAGAGGCACAUACAAUCUAUCGUAUCCUGGGGUAGCAUUCAACUUCCCAGUACAACAUUCGGCAUAUUCAGACAAGAAAGAUUUCAUCAGUCUUCUGUCCUCGACCGCCACUGGUCCUGCAACUUCCAUGGCAGUAUUUCAUGGCGAAUCGUGGCAGAAGGCCCGCGGAACACUCUUCACAGCGAUACCAGCGAAUCCAAGAUCAUUAGCUCUAGCAGGUAAAGGUCGCGAAGGAGGACCGGAUGAGGUUGAAACGAUCAAGAUACAUGGCGAAGGACGUAUCGAGGUCGUGAGGCGGUUCGGCCCUGCGUUCUGGAUUAUAUUAAGUCUGACCUCAGAUGACAUGCUCGACUCAGAUCGUGGCUCAGCCAUCGGUUCUGAUCCAGGCGACGACUGGGAAGAUGACGAUGAAGCAGCGCUUGAAGCACAAGAGCGAGAAGUAGCUGCCGCGGAACAUUUCUACAACUACUAUCAACACGGCUUCGACCUCUUGAUCUCGCAACCCACUCAAAUAUCCCCGCCAUCACCGACCGCCGAGCGAAAAGAAUCAGAUGUACGUGAAGAAGGCGAGCUCAGCGCACAGCCUCUGAACCACUUGACCGUUACUAAAAUCAUCUUCCAUGGCAACGUACCGGGUUCGUACCAAUUCAACCGCCACAGGAGGAGUAGGUGGACGCUAGAGCAUGUGCCCUCGACCAUGUAUCGCGAGGCGCUCAGUUCGGAGAUGCUGUUCGGCGACAUAUCGGGUAGGCUAAAAGAGGUUUUCAAGCCGCACUACGACAACGAGGAGCAAGAGCGACUUCAGCAAAGAGGUAUGGCUCUUAAUAGGGGUUGGGGUGAUAGCCCGGGCAGUAGCUGCGAGCUUCUGGGCGGAUGGGAUGAGGGCUUGAGCAAGAAGAGCAGGUUUGCGAAUCCUGGAAGUGGUAUGGUCGAUGGAGCGGCAGAUGUGGGCAAUGUUGAGCUGUUUGGAUUUCCGGGCAUGGUGUUUGAGGUGUUGAAGAAUGGAGCGGUCAGCUCUUUGACUGUGUACUGA